GCAACUAUCCCAUUAGUAGUGGGUUGGGGCUGACUACCACCCACUCUGCCCUCUAACGGCACACUCCCUUAGCACCUAUUUGUUGAAACAACCUGUGAAUUGCAUGACAAGAAUGGAGGGUGAAAUAGUGGAGAUUUCUUCCACUGAAUCAAAAUAGUGCCACAUCGCUUUCCUGACCCACUCAAUUCUGCAUUGUGUCAGGUUGAGAGGUAGAGUAAAGGAAAACACUCUUCCUGUGCAUCACAGCUGCUCUCAAGACCCUAUGACAGCAUGAUUUUACUUCUGAUACCAGACAUGUGGGUCUUCCACACAUCAUGCACUUCUGUAACCCCAGUUGGGCGUCCUAUAAUUUAACUCAAUCCUGACACUAUCUGCUUGGAGAUAGUGUGACAUCCCAUCGAUUAAGGGCUCAGUCCCACAAGACUGCCUCCAACUUCAGAUGCCAAUUCCAAGUCCAGACGUCUGGGCCAUGAGUCUAGGUCAGUUCAGUUUCACCUCCACCCAGUGACUUGCUUCACUUGGUGCUUCUUCUCUCUCUCUGGUAAAAGAGAUCUAAAGGGCACUGGACUCUCCUCCCCAUUUGCAGUAGCCUUGGGGAAUGGUGUCCCAGUGGCUUCCAUUUAGAGGGCUUCACUUCCUCGGCUCUCAGUGGGCCUGUUAUCUGUGCUUCUAACUGACAAGCUAUAGAUUUAAGGGUCCCAUAAUCCCCUCCUUGGGUUUAAUUAAUUUGCUAGAGUGGAUCACACAACUCAGGUAAAAACAAGUUUACUACUAGAUUACUGGUUUAUUAUAAAAGGAUGUAAUCAGGAUCAGCCAAAUGGGAAAGAUGCGUAGGGUAAGUCAUGUGGGAAGGGCACGGAGCUUCCAUGCCCCCACCCUCCCAGCACGCCAUGUGUUCACCUGGAAGGUCUCAGAAACCCUUCAUUAUGGGGGCAUGACUGAUUAAAUCAUUGGCCCUUAGUGAUUUAACUCAAUCUCCCCUCUCCACUCCCAGAAAGUUCCAACCCUCUGGUCACAUGGUUGGUUCCCCUGGCAACCAGCCCCCACCCUUAGGGACUUUCCAAGUAGUCCUCUCAUUAACAUAAACUCAGGUGUGGUUGACAGGGGCUUACGAGUAACAAAAGACACUUUUAUCAGUCUUACCACUUAGGAAAUUCCAACGGUUUUAGGAAUUCUGUACCAGGAAUAGGAUGAAGACCAAAUAUGAUAUUUCUAAUUACAGAUCACAAUAUCACCGUAGACUAUGGCUCUAUCCCGUAUGAAAUGGAAAGUGAAAAGUCUGGACUAAAAAUUGUAUGGAGCUGUACAUUGAGUGCUCCGUGUGCUAGGUGCUGGCUACGGUGUUACUUCUUUCAAUUCUCACCAGAACCUAUAAAUUAGGUACUAUUAUUCUCUACUUCACAGUUGAGAAAACUGAGGACCAGAGACAGUGUGCCUGGGUCACCUACCUAGAAGGUAAACGGUGGAGAUAGACUCAAAUCUGGGUAAACUGGGCUUAGAGUCAAGUCUGGAAAGGUUUUUCAUCCCUCUGGAAUCAGCAGCUUUAUAAAGGAACUUCCCAUUUAGCAUAAUAAAUUAUCAUGAUUCCCUACCUCCUAAAACACACCCUCCUUGUUUCAAAUAAUUGUGCCCACUAACACCAGGACGUCAUUGCAGUGACUGGAAUGAGAAAUGAGAAGGAACAGAUCAUAAGGAAAUGAGAAGUGAUGGCCUGAGGGGAACAAUAAGGAAAGAUUAGUUUGGGAAAGGUCCCAAAAGGAAGCAGCCAUGUGCACAUCAUGUGCAAGCCAUGUGCGACUCUGUAAGGUGGAGGGGCUGCUCUUUCAGGAGCCGGGUACCUCUGCAGGCACAUCUGUGGCCCCUUCCUGAGGGGAUUUUUGGAGGAAAGAUAGGCUGAUUGUUGGAGAUGUUAAGAGAGGAACCAGCUGAGUGAGGUGAUUUACUGCCUGGGAGUGUCCCGGUGAGGGCAGGAGACAGAUACUGUUGGCAAGGAUAUGCAAGGAAUGGGAACAGGAAGCAAUGUUCCCCAGGAAGAUGGCCAAGGCCCCUGGGCCAACUGUUGUGGGGAUUCCUAUUUUGAGAGGGUCAAGAUUGAACUUGUGUCUUGCAGGAUUCUUCCUUCUCUGAACCCAGGGUGCCCUGGCCUUUUCCAAGGAAGAGCUUCAUUGCUACUUACUUUUGUGCAGAACCUUCCACGAGCCAGCACUGUGUUGGUUCCUCUAGUCCUUCAAAGACAAGUCUGCUUUCUGGGACCUCUCAGGUUUGUGGGAGGUAGGGUGUCAAAUGCUAAUCUGCAUGGAGGCUCUGGGGUUGGACUACUUGCCUUCAGACUAGGCUGCACAGCUUGCCACUGUGUCACUGUGACGAGGUUGCUUAAACUUUCCUGGGCUCUGGUUUGCUCACCUAUGAGAUGAUAUUUACCUCACAAAGUAGUGACGUUUAUAAUUCAAAUGGAUGAAAAGCACUUAGCAAACUGCCCAGCUCAGUGUAAGCACCCAAGAAAGGACUGUUUUUUGUUGUCAGUGUGGUGGAGAAGACAGACACAAAGGGCGAUAACAGUGUGUUUGAAGCAGCACAGGGAGUGCCUAACUCUGUGUGGACCAAGGCUGGUUACCAGUGACCUCACCAAAGACGUUAUUAAACCUGGAGCUUUGGUCAGGGUGGGAGAGGGUCUGGGAAUGGGCAUUUUGAAAAUGUCUCCCAAGUGAUUCUGAUAGGCUGCUUACCCCUCAGCCACCAAAAAAACCAUUAAUUACUCUUUUAAAAGUUAACUUUUCAUUAUUAAAAAUUACAUUUCAUAACCCUUGGAAAAUAGAGAAAAAAAUAACCUAUAAUCACAAUACCCCAGAACAUCCAUUAUUAAUAUGCAUCUUGUUUUUGUUCUUUUAAUAGCUUUAAUCAUAGUGCAUGUAACAGUUCAUAUUUUCCAUUUUUGUCCAUGGAAUCACAGGCAUUUUUGUACAUUGUUUUCGUAAUGGAUUUUUAUUUUUCAACUUUUUUUUUCCUAAAUAAAAGUGGUUUAUGUUCUCUUAAAAAAAUCUUAGACAUCUGAAUUGGCACAAAAAAGCAAGUGCAAACCUCAUGUAUUUCUACUACACAGAGGUAUAAUCACUGAGUAUUUUUUUGUUCUUCCAGAUUUUUUUGUUUAUGCAAGUGAACACAUACAGACUUUUUCAGUUUAAAAAGUUAUAUUACAAUUUUUUAUAACCUGCUUUUUCACGUAGUUAUACAUCAUAGAUAGGUUUCUAUGUCAAUAACUACAGGCAUACAUAAUUGUUUCUAAUGACUGCGUAGAUUUAAUUUUAUGUCUAUAGUAAUUCAUCUAUUGCUAGAUAUUCAGGUUGUUUUCUUUGUGUCCACACGAAUGGGUUUUUCUCCACUAUGUGGACUGACCAUAAUUUACUUAAAUAUUUAGCUAUUUUUUGAUAUGUAAGUACUUUUUCUUCUUUUGUUUUUUCUCUAAUAAAUAACGAUGCAUUGAGAAAUCUACAGGCGUAUGGCUCUUUAUUUUAAAUAAUGUCCUGGAGUAUUGGGUCAAAGGGCAGGGAUAUUUUACGAUUCUUGGUUUGUGUCACCAAGCUGUCUUUUCAAGGGGUUGUUUGUGCCAAUUCAGAUAUUUCCAGCAAUGUCUUCGUACCAAUUUCUUGCCUCCCACCCGACUCCCCGAAGGAAGCAGAUGGAAGGACGGCAUAUUCUCCCUAAGAAGCUAGCAGCAAAGGACUUACUCGAAUGAAAGCAGACAGGACAGAGAGCAAAGGAGUAGAGGGGGGAGUAAACAUGGGAAAUGGAGGGAAAGAGAAAGGGCCAGAAACAACCAUUUUGCCUGUACUUCUUUUCAGUUGUGAAAGUAAUUCAUGCUCUUUGUAAAAACUCCAAACUUGUACAUAAAUGUUUGCAUUUAAUACUGAAAGCCCUCCUGUAGUGACAGGCUCUGCUAACAGUUUAGGUAUAUUCUUUCCGAUCAUUUCUCUGACAAAUAUUAAUGUAUAACUUGUUUUGUUUUUAAAGAACUAACUUCAAACUAUUCGCACCAUAUAUUGCAACAUUCCUACUGGAGAGUGUGUCUUAGACACCUUUGCAAAGACUUUACAUGUACAGAUAAUUUUUAGUUUAGCUGCCUUAUUAGAAUUUAAUAAUUAGUAAUAUUGCUCAUUUUUCUCUGCCAGAGGGCUCCCCGGAUCUAAUCAGCAGUCCCCCUGAGCCAGUUCCGCAGUUCCGGAGGCCGGCCUUCUGUUGCCUCCGUUUCCCUUUUACAGCUGGAAACAUAUCCGGAGGAGUCCCUUGCCGCUAUUUAGGGGGUCAACCCCAGACGGCCUGAAAAUCCUGUCUGGACCAGAAGGCCCGGAGGCCAGUAACCAAGGGAGAAGCCGGUAGCUGCUCACAGCCUUGUGGUGGCCUCAGUUGGGCUCUUCUUGCCCGCGACUGCUCCCGGAAACUCUCAGAACCUCGGUGCCUAAGGAUUAACCCAACCAACCACUUUUGCAAAGCUCCUGUCCGCGCAGAACUAAACCCAUCGCCUCAGGGCAGGGCUGGCCUGUCUUUAUGGCCUCUCUCCGCAGGUCCUGCCACCACUGCAAAAGCGACUCGGCUGUUCCAAGAGCUCUCACUGGCCCUUUCCAGAGCGCACCCGGCUCAGGGGAUCCCACACCUGGCCUGGAGGCGGAGCCAUCACGUGAGGCCCUCAAGCUCCGGGUGCUCUGCUUGACUCAACCUCGCAGCCUCUGUAGAACCCCUUGCCAGCCCCGUGACUCAGUUUCUCCAUUUGCUCACGCGGGCGAACAGCGUGAGGCAUCUGUGCGGAAUGCUGGGGGUGCCUCAGAUGGCUUCUCCAGAGCGCGUGGUCCCAGGCGGAGCCCCAGAGACUGACAUUUAUGCCGCCCAGAGCGCUUGUUCUGGACAUGCCCUGCACUGGUCAGGGUCAUGAGUACGUGCUGCCUGGGGAGGUAGCGAUUCCGCCAGAUGCACCAGCAGGACUGCUAGGGAGACACCAGCCUGGGCCCCACCUUCCGUGGUUCCUGAAGGGCCCAGGCCAUGAAGAAGCUGCUGUUAAGAUGACCAGUGCCCAUGACCGUGCCCACUGCCCGCCGCCUGACGCAAUCCGAGGAGCCCUUGCUGCAUGCGGGAGGUAGGGAAACCUCCGGGUGGUUGCAUCACUCCUGCCAGGUUUGCUAUAGAGGUGGAGCCGAACCAAUCAGCGGGUGCACUGGGUCCCGGGCAGGCCUUUCAGUUACUCACUCAGAGGGCGGCGCGGUUAACCGAGCGGUAAAAUACGAAGGUGAUUGGCCAAAAGGGAACUUUUCCCCGCCCCAAUCACCGCGGCAGCUGGCCGGGGAGGGCGGAGCAUCCCGGCCGGAGGGUUUAAAGGGCGCCCCCGAAAGGGCAGCGCAGCUGGAGCAACUUAAAGGUGCCAGGCCAGGUGUCCGUGCCCGCGCCGGAGACCAGCCCCGGAGGCCGUCCGGGCCCGUCCCUGUGCCCGGCACCAUGAAACAGGAGUCCGCAGCCCAGAACACUCCACCCGCCUCGCCGGCCCCUUCGCUGCCCCCCUCGCCACCCGCGCAGCACCCCCGGGACGAUGGCGACCCCCACGCACUGUGGAUUUUCGGAUACGGCUCUCUGGUGUGGAGGCCCGACUUCGCCUACAGUGACAGCCGAGUGGGCUUCGUGCGCGGCUACAGCCGCCGCUUCUGGCAGGGAGACACCUUCCACCGGGGCAGCGACAAGAUGCCAGGCCGUGUGGUGACCCUCCUUGAAGAUCACGAGGGCUGCACUUGGGGUGUAGCAUACCAGGUUCGAGAUGAGCAGGUGAGCGAGGCCCUGAAGUACCUGAACGUGCGGGAGGCAGUGCUUGGUGGCUAUGAUACAAAGGAGGUCACUUUCUACCCCCAAGAGGCCCCUGAUCAACCACUCAAGGCAUUGGCCUAUGUGGCCACCCCACAGAAUCCUGGUUACCUGGGCCCGGCACCGGAGGAAGCCAUUGCAACGCAGAUCCUGGCCUGCCGUGGCUUUUCUGGCCACAACCUUGAGUACUUGCUGCGUUUGGCAGACUUCAUGCAACUCUGUGGGCCUCAGGCACAGGAUGAUCACCUGGCAGCCAUCGUGGAUGCUGUGGGCACCAUGCUGCCCUGCUUCUGCCCCAUGGAGCAGGCUUUGGCACUGGUCUGAGGGGCUGGGCCCCUGCAAGAAGUACUGACAUGGACAUGGGGGGCAGGACCCCACUCUGACUUGAUACAGCUAGAGCCCACAGAGGACUUGAUCAGUGACUGGGGGUUUCUCUCUCCUAAGCCCCUGCCUGUCUGCCAGCCUCCAGCUCUCCUGCCUGACACUAACUUACUACUUGAAACUAUUUAUUGCACCAUGUUGGUGUGGUGGGCAGGGUGGGGGGCCUGCCCGGGACAUAGGGGCCCUGCUGAGCAGUGUCCCACCCCAGGCACCUAUUGCCUGACCAAAUCCCCCAGUGCUGCUGCUAACCCCGCACCAUCCAGGCCUCCACCCACCAGGGAGCCUCCAAAGACUUGACCUUCUGCCACUGCCCUCAGACCAACCAUUCUCUAGCCCUGAAAAUAAUGCUUGUGAAAGGUCCGCCUGCUGGUGAGGGGCAGGAAGGAGCACAGAGGGGGUCCUACAAGAACUGUGGCCCUUGUCAUAUAUGCUUAUCCCUCAGGUCUCCAGGGCACAGCUGCUUAGGUUGGGCCUGGGUCUCUUACCCAUUUGGCUUUAUUUCCCUGUCCCUCUGUUACCUUCUGUCACCUUUUGUCUGUCGGUUUAUUCCUGGGAAGUGCAUCACUGUAGGCCCUGGCACCUUCCCAGUCUGUCCCAUACUAUUAUCCAUAAACUGAUCUCUUAUUA